AUGUCGCGAAUAGUGCCUGCGCUAGUGCCAGUGACGCUGCUGCUAUGGCUAUCGCUCUCCGCGUCGCACUGGCGAGGGUCGCUCGGGCAGCAGCUUGAGCAGCAUCUCGGGCAACAGCUCGGCGAGCUGUAUCGCUUCACAGGCACGGUGAGCGCUCUCGAGCCUUUGAGCACCUCGCUCUCUCGCGCGUCGCACACUCGAGGGUCGCUCGGGCAGCAGCUCGGCGAGCUGUACUGCUCCACAGACACGGCGAUUAGAGCACUUUCAGUCCGACGAGACGUCAAUCCUGCUGUCCCUUCCUACCGCCGCCAUUCGCGGCUGAAAAGCGCCGACAGCAGCGCCGACCACAGCCGCGGAGACUCUACCAGGGAGGACGGCGCUUCCGCCGCCGCUGCUGGAUUCCCCUCCUCCGCCUUCCCCCGCGUGUUUGAGUCGGGGCAGGGCUCGUGCGGCUUCCCCGACACGCGCGCAGACGCGGACGAGUGCGUGGCGGACUUGGCGGGGUUCCCCGCACUGAGCGCGCGCAGCGGUUCCGCCACCGUGCGGAAGUUGGCGUGCCUGGCGCACAACUACCUGCGCCCCUGGAUGGGCAUUCCGGGCGUCACCGCGGGCAUGGGCGCGCGGGGAAUGAUAUCCGCGGAGAUUCUGCACCAAAUGGGGACCAUGGCCGAUGUCCCUUGGGAGCAAAAGCAGGGCCGGGCGGUGUUCCGAGGCGGGAUGACAAACUACCACAUCGCCAUGACCAUGCACUGGCGCUCGAGCCCUCGCUUCCGCGUGCACCGCAUGGUAGACGCCCGCCCAGACCUGUUAGACGCACGUGUCAUGAGCGGCGUGGAUGUGAGAUGGCGUGAGAGCAUGGAGGCGGAUGGGGUGCGGCUGGGCGGGAGAUUAAAGCCCGAGGAGCUCCAGGGGUUUAAGUAUGAGCUUGAUGUGGAUGGCGGCACGGGGAGCGGCCGGACAUGUGGGAUUUUGGCGAGCAACCAGGCGAGCGAGUACUAUCAGUUCUUUGACCCGCUGCUGUGCCCCAUGACGCACUUUCUCCCCACCCACCGCCUCUUCAUCAACCUCCACACCCACUAUUCUACUCCCUCUUCCGCCACCCCUCCCAACUCUUAUCGUAUGCACAGUUUCUCCCCGCACCAUUCCCCCUCGUUCACAAAAUUUCCCUCAAUUCUCCCACACGUGUUUCCUCUCUCAUCCCUGCUCUCUCAUCCCUGCUCUCUCAUCCCUGCUCUCUCAUCCCUGCUCUCUCAUCCCUGCUCUCUCAUCCCUGCUCUCUCAUCCCUGCUCUCUCAUCCUCCUCUCUCAUCCCUCCUCUCUCAUCCCUCCUCUCUCAUCCCUCCUCUCUCAUCCCUCCUCUCUCAUCCCUCCUCUCUCAUCCCUCCUCUCUCGUCCCUCCUCUCUCAUCCCUCCUCUCUCAUCCCUCCUCUCUCAUCCCUCCUCUCUCAUCCCUCCUCUCUCAUCCCACUCCCAUCCUGCAGCACCCUGUGCACGUGGGAGGGGCGCCAGAUAUUCUGGGCCAUUUUGCUCGCCAAGUACCACAGUGCCUUAGGGGACAGAGCCAGCAUCACAGCUCCGCCUCCCCUGAUGCCCCUGGGUCGUUCCCCCCCUCUCACAACCAUUCUCUCAUGUCUUUCCCCCCCUGUUACCUCUCUUAUCCUUCUCCUCCCUGCAGCACUCUCUGCACAUGGGAGGGGCGGCGGCUUUUCUGGGCCAUUCUCCUCGCCAAGUACUCAACCAGUGCCCUAG